UGGAUGAGUCAACAUUGUCUGACCAGAUGAAAAAACUGAAGAAGAAUAUGUUGUCGCUGCAUGCGCACGUGGACAGCAGAUUAGACUUCAUGCAAAGCACUCUAAGCCAGAUCCUGGAUGUUUUGACAAGGCCAGGAUUCAGGCCACCAGCACAAUAGCCGUUGCCGUUAUCCGCGAUGUCAAGCCCCUUUCCAGUUCAAGCUGGUACACAACCAAGUGGUACGUCUGCAGCAGUCGCACAGACUGUUGCAUCUUCUUCUUCAGGUCCAGCCGUAGGAGCUACACCACCGCAACAACCUGUUCAGCAAUCAGGACAGCCCCAGGGUCAAUGGUAUCCUAAGACCCCAAUGAAACCGCCUCUUGCCUUCUCAGGCGAGAGAAAGGACGAAGAACUCAACACAUGGUUGAGGACGGUCCCGGUUUGGGUGAAGGCAAAGAUGACCUUGCCUGAGGAUGAAGUGGUAACUGUUGCAUCUUACCUCGAGGGUAAGGCAGCCAAAUGGCUAGAUGGUGUAGUUGUGAAGGCAGGGUACGGACGACGCAUGGCGGACUGGGAUAAGUCAUUAACACUAGAUCAGUUCAUGGAAAUGGUAGAAGCUCGAUGGCAUAAUCCACAGGAGGCACAAAGAGUCACUGAUGCGAUUAACAAACUGGACCAACGAAAGUUCAAGUCGGUCAGAGAGCUUACGACUACCAUUGAGAGCCUGAUCCUCGUCCCUGACAUCAACUAUAGUGACCAGUUCCUGUUAACAACCUUUGUUAAGUGUCUUCCUGAGAACAUCAGGAACUUGCUGGCCAGCGAGGCACGCCUCGAGUACCAUUCAUUUGAGACAUUGUCUAGGAAAGCCUUAGAUUUGGAGGCCACACUAGGCAAUGCUCAACCCACUCAGAAUGACACGAAGAAGAAGAAGAGUCCUCAGGAGUGGAAGAAGAAGGGGGCUAAGUUGAUGAUGGUGGAGUCCGAUGGGACUCAAACUGAGAUCGAUGAGCUCACUGACCUGAUGGACUAUACAGAGUUUGACGGCGAGGAGGUAGCUAAGGGUAGCACCCUCGCCGCGGUAGUCAAGACUAAGGCAGGUGGCCGAGGGAAGGGCCAACCUAAGAGUCAAGGGAAGGCCGCCUCCAAUCAGUCCAAAGUGGCUGAAUGGGUGAAGGCAGGUCUUGAUCAAGACGUGUGGCGUGACCGCCGAGUGCGUGGCACUCGUAUCAAUUGCGGGGAAUACGGACACUCGCAGUACAAGUGCCAGAACGCAAAGGUUACGCAAAAGAUAGCUCCAAGGAUAGGGGCAUCUUAUUCCCAGGCUUCUAGCUCGGGAAACACCUACUAUAGGAACUUCGUAAAGAACUAUUCUACAGUCGCCUCUCCUUUGACUGAUCUAACUCGACUUGACACACCGUGGGACUGGAGUGAUGAGUGCGAGGGUGCUUUCAAGAGAUUGGAGCAUGCACUCAUGAAUCAUGAGGUCCUCAUGGUUCCCGAUCCUCAAAAGCCAUUCAUAGUGACCGCUGACGCAAGCCAAUAUGACAUUGGCGCAGUGCUGGCUCAGCAGGAUGGGAAGAAGUUGAGACCGAUUGAGUACAUGAGCAAGAAGAUGUCAUCGAAGAAGUUGGCAAAGUCCACCUACGAAAGGGAACUCUAUGAUCUAUACAAAGCACUUGUCCAUUGGAGACACUUCCUAUUGGGAAGAGUAGACUACCUAGGUGCGCUAGUUUCUGACUUUGAAGUAACUCAAUCGUUGGUGGGAGCCUAUCAGGAAGACCCUGUCACGAUGGACAUCAUUCGCAAACUUCAGGCAAAAUACAAGGCUACGGAAAGCGAGUUUGUGAUGGUAGACGGACUCCUCUAUCUUGAUAAGGCCAGAAUAAAAAGAUUAGUAGCUCCAUCUAGUGAACCUUUGUGUAGUUUGUUCUUAGGAGAAUGCCAUGACGCAACGGGACACUUCGGCUACAAGAAGACGAGUGCUAACCUAGUACAACGAUUUUGGUGGCCAGGAAUGUUAGAUGACGCAAAGAAGUACGUAGAGACCUGUCAGGUCUGUCAGCGGGACAAGCCGCGAACUCAAGCACCGCUUAGGUUGUUGAAGCCUUUGCCUAUUCCUGCUGGUCCAAGACAGAGUGUUUCCAUGGAUUUCAUGGACACCCUGGUGACUAGUAAGAGCGACAAGAGGCACAUUUCCGUCAUCAUCGAUCGAUUCACCAAGUACGCUAUGUUAGUGGCCAUGCCAGAGACCGCAAGAACUGACUAUGUCAUCAAGUUGUUCAAGGACAACUGGUUCCAGUACACGCGCAUUAUAGUAACUACGGAUGCUAGCGAAUAUGGCAUAGGCGCCGUACUUGCACAACAGGAGGGGAAAAAGUUGAGGCCCGUAGAGUACAUGUCCAAAAAGAUGCCCUCUCAGAAGUUGGCAAAGUCCAUUUUUGAGAAGGAACUCUAUGCGGUGUACAAGGCUCUGACCCAUUGGAGACACUAUCUCCUUGGGAGGUUCUUCAUCCUCAGGACUGAUCAUGAGACCCUGAGAUGGAUGAGAACCCAACCGGUACUCUUUGACGCCCACAAGCGUUGGAUGGAAGUUAUAGAGCAGUAUGACCUCGAGCCCCUGUACAUCAAGGGCGAGUACAACAAGGUUGCUGAUGCCUUAUCGCGUAGACCAGAUUUCUCUGGUGCGCUGAUUACUAAGUUUGGGCUUGAGGACACUGUUACUCAGUCCAUGGUGGAAGCCUAUAGAGAGGAUCCGUUCAUGUCCGAGAUCAUCCGUAGACCCGAAGCGAAGGACAAAGUGACUUCUGCCGAGUUUGAGUUGGUCAACCAACGGCUUGCUGGGUUUCAGGGAAGUCAGACGAAGGCCACACAACACUUCACAAUAAAGAACAACUGUGCUAAAGUCUCCGCGGAGCAGCUGGCAGAGAUUUGGAACAAGACGAAGUACUCGUUCGAUCAGAGCCACUAUCAGAAGAUCCUCGACUUCCUGAGGUCUUGUGGGUUUCGAGACAAUAGAAAUACUUCGGGGAGGGAGCAGGCGGGGGAGGAGGAGUACGACGAUAGCGAGGACGAGAGGAGGACGGCCGAGGGGGGAGGUGAUGAUGGUGACAGCGAUACACAGGACAUGGACGUGCAACGAGAGGUGGAGCUCGCCAGGGGUAAGAUGAGGGGGGACAAGGCCGUUGACGAGGACACUACCCCGGACGAGGACGACGACGAGGAUCAGGGCACAUACAUUGGGGCCUCUUUUGAUGGGGGGCUGAUGGCCGCUGGCCGUCGAGGCCAAGAGGGGGCUGCCAAAGCGAUGAAGGAGGCCACGAAAUCGAAGAAGAGAAAGAGGAAGGCAAAGAAGACCAUCACAGAGGCGACACCAGCACCUCCUCUGACGAAGAAGGGCAGAGUACUUCGACAGACAUCCAUAUUGGAGACCUUCGAUCCGGUGUGGCAACGAGAGUUUUCGAACGAGUUCCUGCAGUGGUGGACUGUGCAGCGUGACGGUGCUGUUCAGAAAACAGCCGAGGCCGUGGUGGAGCGAUGGAAGGACGUGUUCAACAAGUUCGGUGUCAAAAACGUCAACGCCAUUUGCAUUGAUUCCUCGUCCGUGUAUGUGGCUGCAUCUAAACUCCUCGCGAAGGAGGAAGUGAAGUAUAGUCGCAUUACUUGGCUUCCGUGUGCGGUCCAUGUCUGCAACUUGUUGUUGUCAGACAUCGUGAAGGACGGCACCAACGGGAAGCUUGGGAAGAGGGAGGACACCAUCAUUAGGGCUCGAGCUGGUGGCGAGGGCGAGACUGAACAGGACGUCGAUGGAGGAGCUCAACAUCAUUGUUCUUGUCAGGCGCGGGUCGGUCAUAUGUUGGAGCCCGCACAUUGCAUGGCUCACCUCCUCAACCCUCGCCAUAGGAGCAUUACGUAUUUUGGAGCGGCGAGGCGCAGCGAGCACGAUAAGACACUCGCAGAGGAGUCGCUGCGAUACCUUCGCCAGCAGACUGGCGUUGAUGAGGAUUUGUAUCAGACGUUGUGUACACAGUUAGCGGAGUUUCUUAGUCGGGAGGGCGAUUGGACGUACAGAGGGGUUGAGGGUGACAGGGACGCGGCCUCCUGCAGAGAGGAGAAGGAGACGUCGCAGGUCGGGCAGUGAGGACACUAUUCCUCACCUCGUGACGAGGGUGUUCGGCCAGCUGACCGAGUCACGGAGGUGCAGCGCGAGCGGCAGGUGCGGUGCGGGCGGAAGGAUCGUCUUUCAAAGGCUCCGCCCAGCGUUGAGACGUAUUUCGGUUGUCGCGCCACGGUGCUCAUGCCUACUGAGUUGGACGCCGUGUACAAUCCCAAGCCUGAUCCUAUGGCUCAGGACCCGAUUGAGGCGGAGCCGUGGUCUGAUCCAGACGACCUAGCAGUGGAGUCAGAGCCCGGAGAUUCUGAUGAUGGUCGCGACGAUGGUCCUCUCACCGAGACGUUGCGUCCUCGGAUGCAAUCUUUCACUACAACCGCUGCACCACGUGCAACUCCCCCUCCACCUCCGCCUUCGAGUGCUCCUGCUUCCACUGCAGCCGCUGUGCAGCAUCCCCCUCAACCUACAGAUCGUCUUGGACGUGGCGAGCAACGGACUCGGGAGAUUGUUGACGAGGGAGACGACGACGACGACGACGAUGACAGGGAAGGGUACGACGACAGCAGUGAGGACGAGGAUGAUCCCGGCUAUUCCCUGACACGCGGACGUGGUGACGACGAUGACGGCGGCGGCGAUGGUAGGGGAGGCAGUGGUGCAGGCAGGGGUGUGGGUGGUGCACGACACACAGGGGGUGCAGGCCGUGGUGGCGGAGGACGGGCGAGGCGAGAGUCUGCAUCGUUCACUCGCACUGUGCACUGGGAAGAGUUUGGUGCUGCGUCGCCAGAGGCCGCUGCAGAGGCCGCUCCCUCCGUUGCAGAGUUUGCAGCCGCGUCUGAGGAGGUCGCAUGCGGGUUUGCCGAGGUUGCUGAGCGGAUGCUCGAGAUGGGUGGUGGUGAGGGUCAUCGUGCGACGGACGAUGCAAUGCUUGAGUGUGGCAGUGCGGGCGGUGGGGAUGCAGGCGAGAGACCCACGUCGCCGGUUCAAGGUGUUUGUAUAUUGCCUAUCGGUGGAGCCAUGACGGCGGGGGAGUUGGAGCGGCAGGCACAGGAGGACCCAUUGCAGGCAAAUCGACGUGGACGGAUGGAUGAGGCGUCGAGGAGGUUAAUGGCAGAGGGCCCAACUUACUUGCCAUGCAUCCCGUCACUGGCAUCGUCCACCACAGAUGCCACUACCCCCGUACAUGUUGAGGGUCCAGUCACAGGACGGAUUCCCGCACCGGCACCUGCAGAGUCUUCGUCUCCCAAAUCACGGAAGAAGAAGAUGAGAGCAGACCCGGAUGGGCCAUCUUAUGUUAUCCGAAUCGGAUUCCCUGGUCAUCUUCGAACUUACCCUGUCCUUCACGCCUCCAAGCUUGCACCUUUCAAGGAAACAGAUGAGUUUCCUUCUCGUCGCUCAAUGCUGCCCCCAACCAUGGAUCGAGAAGUGGACAUCGAUGACAUCGGGGAUCACAGGGAGCUGCCAGCUGAGAGACCUGCAGGAAGGGGACUUCCUCCGAAACCAAAGCUGCAGUACCGCGUUCAGUUCAGACAUCAUACUGAUCCCAAGGAGGACCGUUGGUUCACGAGGGAAGAACUCAUGCAGACCGCUCCUCAAGUUGUAGCCCACUAUGAGAAAUCUCUGCAGAAGGGAAAGCGGCCCAUGAUUGAAGACUGAGCUUCUCAGAGGACUGUUGAAGCUGAGGAGGAGGGAAUGCGAGGCCACUGCCUCUAUGAGCCCCAUAAGG